GCAGUGAGAAGGGGGACAGAGGUUCAGUCUUUGAACCACAGAUCUCAGGAAAGAAACGUCUGUGCAUGGACAAGGAUGGAGCGCGUAGUGACUCUGUUUCUGCUGUGUCCAUUUGUGUUUUUUACCACCGUGACAUCCCAACAAGAUGACGUAUGUUUCAGGCCUGAGAUGGCUGCCAGCAUUGAGAUGAGUGGAGUCCAGAGGUACUUUAACCCUGGUGCAGAGUUAGUGCUGUCCUGUAAACCAGGAUACACCCCUGUGUCGGGCCCUCGGAAGAUUGUUUGCACUGCAAGUGGACAAUGGACAAAAACCAGAUUAAUGUGCAUACCAAAACUGUGUCCUUAUCCUGAUCCACUGUCUAAUGGAGAGUUGUACUACGAAGAUACCGUGUACCAGAGUACAAUCAACUACACUUGUCAUGAAGGGUAUGUGUUGAAUGGAGCCAGCAGUGCUGUGUGCCAAGCUGAUGGAACGUGGAGCGUACCAGUACCAGCGUGCAGGCCUGUGUCCUGUGGUUUGGCUCCAAUUCCACAGUCAGGGAUAAUAAUUUAUGACAAGACGAUAAGAGGGAACACCACUGAUUACGGCGUCACAGGGACGUACAAGUGUCUGCCUCCAUAUGUACUUAUUGGUGAUGCGAGAGCGGAGUGCACUGCCAGUGGCACCUGGACCAAGACACCCGAAUGCAGAGUGGUGACAUGCCCUCCCCCGGAGAACAUCAACGAGGGCUACAUGUCAAGCAACGAGCAGAGAGACUAUGACUACAUGGAAACAGUCAAAUAUGGCUGCCAUGGACACUAUGUACUGGAGGGAAGCCUGCAGAUUGUUUGUCAGAAGAAUGGGAAUUGGUCUGAAAAGCCAUCCUGCAAGGCUCCUUGCAGCGUUGGCAUACAGAGAGGACGGAUAUUGUACAAAGGACGAAAACUCUGGAUCAAAGAACUGGAUCCUAACAGAAUCUUACACAAAGAAAUCGUCUCACUCUACUGCUUGGACAAGGCCAGGGGGUGUGGAUAUGCAACGCCAACCCAGUGCAUCGAUGGAAACCUCAAAAUACCUGAAUGCUUUGAACAGCCCAGCAGUCUUGAUUAUAACCUUCAUUCGGGUUCCCUUCCUUCAGAAAUUCAACAGUGCUGAAACAUCAGCAGAUCCCUUCCCUGAUGACUACUAAGCCACUGUAAUAUGGAAUAGGUGUCAGUGUGUUCUGGUCUCUGAAAUUAAAGAAAAUGGUCUGACUCAA